GAAAUAGAAUCAAUAAUGUCCUAAACAAAAUGAGGCUCAUUGCCCUGUGGGAACAGACAGAGGCGGGCAGUGGGGGGUGGCAUAUGAGAGAGAGAUCGAGUGAGACAGAAAGAGCAGAUAGAGAGCAUAGACGGCAGAAAGUGCAGGAAGAGUAGACAGAUCACAGGCAGACGGCAGUGAGUGAGUAAAGAGACAGUAGGUAGACUUCAAAAGCUACAACGACUGAAGAGAACUAGCAGCAAGAAAGCGUAGAGAAAACAAGGAGGCAGCAAAAACUGUGAGAAGGAAAGUUGCAAAAGCAGGCAGACAACAGUCAGCGAGGACAGCCCAGCAUGACCGAGGAGAUGGAGCUGGACUUCACGGAGGACCUGCAGCUGAGCGAGGUGAUGCGGCUGCGGGUUCAGUCCCUCCAGCAGAAGGGCCAGAAGCGGCAGGACGGAGAGCGCCUCCUGCUGCCCCACGAGGCCGUGUACCGGCUGGACUUCAGCGAGCAGGAGCUGACCUUCUCCCACUGGAACGUCAGCCUGAAGGGUCCAGGCCGCCUGUCCGUCACUGGAAUCUCUCAGCUGUGGACGCCUGACCUGACCAACCUGAUGACCCGGCAGCUUCUGGAGCCCACUGGUCAGUUCUGGAGGAGCGCGGGGGACCCCGAGGACGCCCCCAUAAAGUGCCUGGAGGCCGACAUCCAGGAGUUCGGAGAGAGGAUAGCUGAGCUAGCCAAGGUCAGGAAGGUGAUGUACUUCCUGUUCGCAUUCAAGGAAGGAGCGGAGAAGGACAACAUCACCUGCUCACUAGUCUUCAAGAAAAGCGCUGAGGCUUGAUCUCUGGCCCCAGCGCUAAAGGUUAGAAACCAUCUCUCAGAUCAUGGAGGCAAAUAGUUUAGUCCUUUAUUUAGUCCCUUUAACUAACAGAAGCCUUUAGUGUAACAAUGUAGAUUUAUUUUGUAGAUUUUGGGAGCAGAUUUUGCUCAAAAACAUUCAUCUCCAGUGGAAAUAAGUUAGAUUUGAGCUCAUUUCUAUCUGCAUUGUUGGCCAGUAUAAGCUUAAACACUCAGUUAAAAUAUUAUUAUACAACUAAAACCACUUGCUUCUUACUUAUAGACAAUAAUAAUAAAGAAUGUUUAUUAUUUUGUUGUAAAACAGCUGUGUACUGUACUUUUGUCUGGUCACGUAUACAAAAACCUCAUGCUGCUUGAAAUAUAAAGAGUUUUACCUGAAAAGCACAAAAUAUAGAUAUAAAAUAUAUAACAUGUAAGUGUAAAUCAAUCAAAUAACAGAAUAAACUAGUUUUGUCAACUAAUGAACUGCU